GGUUGCAGUCGUGGCUUGUUCUCGCCGAGGGGCUGAAAGAGGGGAGGAUUAGCCAUGUCGUCCUUGAUCAGAAGUGUGAUCAGCACCGCCAAAGCCCCGGGGGCCAUAGGCCCCUACAGUCAAGCUGUAUUAGUCGACAAGACCGUUUACAUUUCAGGACAGAUAGGCAUGGACCCAUCAAGUGGACAGCUUGCGUCAGGAGGCGUAGAAGAAGAAGCUAAACAAGCUCUUAAAAACAUAGGUGAAAUUCUGAAAGCUGCAGGCUGUGACUUCACUAAUGUGGUAAAAACAACUGUUUUGCUGGCUGACAUAAAUGACUUCAAUACUGUCAAUGACAUCUACAAACAGUAUUUCAAGAGUAAUUAUCCUGCAAGAGCUGCUUACCAGGUUGCCGCUUUGCCCAAAGGAGGCAGAAUUGAAAUUGAAGCAGUAGCUGUCCGAGGACCUUUCACAACACCAUUGCUCUAAGUGGGCCCAGUGUUUAGUCUGGAAUUUUUACAGUUGAUAUAAUAACCUCUUAAUUUUUAUAAUUGAUAGAAGCAUAAGCUUGACUAAAAUAUCUGAAAUUAUCAUGGAAAUAGGAUAUAAUA